AUGUCCGACAAACUGUCACGCGAGCAGUCUCGUGUGAAAUCGCCAUUUGAGGUCGAUCACGAGAAGGGCGAUGGCAUCUAUCAAACAUCAUCAGGCCCUGUACGAGGCGACGUUGGCGAUGUCUUCGACGAGUCCUACGGAACAACGCAACGAGGGCUUAAAUCACGACAUGCUCAAAUGAUCGCUCUCGGUGGCACGAUUGGUACUGGACUGUUCGUCGGAUCUGGUCAAACACUUGCUAGGGGAGGUCCGGCAUUCAUCUUGGGGUCAUUCAUCUUUAUGGCAGCGUUGAUUUGGAUGAUUGUUACUGCCAUCACCGAAAUGUCCGCCUACCUGCCUACCCGUGGCUCUAGCAUGACCAUGUUCGCGGAUCGUUUUGUCUCGUCUAGCUUCGGUUUCGCUUUGGGCUGGCUAUACUGGUACUCCCUCGGCAUCUUGGUACCAUACGAAAUCACGGCAGCUGGACUGGUUAUCGAGUACUGGGGAUCCACCAUCAGCAUUGCUGUCUGGAUCUCAAUCAUGCUUGUCCUGAUCGUGGCUUUGAAUCUUCUCCCUGUCAAGUUCUACGGCGAAGUCGAAUUUUGGUUUGCUGGAACAAAAGUCAUCAUGAUGGUUGGACUUCUGCUUGUUUCCCUUGUCCUCUUCUGGGGUGGAGGCCCGUCUCAUGACCGGCUGGGUUUCAGAUACUGGCAGAACCCUGGCGCUGCGAACGUCUACCUUGCUGAGGGAAACACUGGACGUUUUAUCGCCCUACUCUCGACUUGGGUGCUAAGUGCAUUUCCCUUCGCAUUCGCCCCGGAACUGUUGGUCGCGACUGGCGGCGAGAUUGAGGAUCCUCGCCGUAACCUGCCUAUCGCUGCCAGAAGAUACUUUUACCGUUUGAUCUUCUUCUACAUCUUUUCGGUGCUCGCCAUUGGUGUCAUCUGUCCUUCGAACGACUCUGCCUUGACUAAUGGAGGUGCUGGUGCUGGCUCAUCAGCGUUCGUGGUUGGAAUCAAGAACGCCGGUAUCCCUAUCCUUGACUCGAUUAUCAAUGGUGGUAUCGUUCUCUCAGCAUGGAGCUCCGGAAACUCUUUCCUCUACCUCUCUGGACGUAGUCUGUACUCCUUGGCUCUCGCCGGCAACGCCCCAGCUUGGUUCAAGAAAUGCAGCAAGAACGGUGUGCCUUAUCGCGCAAUGGGAGUGUCAUCACUCUUCGCCCUUCUGGCUUAUCUCAACGUUGCAAACUCUGCAAGUGUCGUCUUCAACUGGUUUGUCAACCUCACCAACACCUCGGCUUUCAUCUCAUGGAUCUGCUGCUGCGUCACCUAUCUUCGCUUCCGCAAGGCGAUUGUCGCUCAAGGCAUCCCCGACAGCGAGCUUCCAUAUAGAAACACCAUCAUGCAGCCCUGGGGCGCUUGGUUCGCCAUGGUCUUCUUCAGUGUUCUGACCUUGAUCAACGGCUUCACUGUAUUUUGGCCUCAGAAUUGGUCAAUCGCCAGCUUCUUCACGGCUUAUGUUGGCAUUCCCAUUCCCAUCAUCAUCUACGUGGUUCACAAGGUCUUCUGGGCUAGGAGCGAACUUUGGGCCCGUCCGCCUCAUACUGUCGAUCUUGUGACUGGUCUUGAUGAAGUUAUGACUACUCACAAGCCAAAAAAGCCAUACACUAAGUGGUACCACUACGUCAAGGUUCUAUGGGAGUAG